UCCAGCUGUUUGGGAACAGCAGGCGUCUAGGCGGACUACCACAGCAUGGCUUCCUUCGGCCGCUUCGAGUCGUUCACGGAGGAGGGAGACGAAGACUUCGAAUCUUACGUGGAACGCUUUGAACACUACAUUCGGUCCACCAAGGUCAGCGACGACUUGAAGGUAUCCGCUUUUGUGACUGCCAUUGGAAAACAGGCCUACCGCACGUUGAAGAAUUUGUUGGCCCCAGUGAAGCCCGAAGCCAAAACCUACGACGAACUGGUCAGGGCUCUAAAAGGGCACUAUUCACCGAAGCCCUUGGUGAUAGCAGAAAGAUUCCGGUUCAACCGUCGGUCGCAGCAAGAAAACGAACCAGUUGCUAUGUUUGCAUUAGAACUAAAAAGGUUGGCUGCAUCCUGUGAUUUUGGCCAAUUCCUGGAUGACGCUUUGCGGGAUCGGUUCGUGGCCGGACUGAGAAACGAAGCAACACAAGCCGAGCUUCUUAAGAAGAGUACCCUGACGUUCCAAGCUGCUUAUGACCUUGCCAAAAGUGGAGAACUCGCUCGCACCGAAACAAGGAAGAUUCACCCUAAAGACCUGGGCGAGGUGAACCUGGUCCAGCAACCCCAACAAAGAAAACCAGAGGCCACCGCAUGGAGAAGGGCAGCGAGCAAGAACACGGAGCGGCAAGCCGGAUCAACGGAGUGUUUCCGUUGCGGAUCGGCGCAUGCCGCCGCAACCUGCCCCUUUCGCAAAUAUCGAUGCCGUGCCUGCAAAAAGGUGGGACACCUCGCAAGGGUCUGCAGAACGACGCCCCGUUCGGUACACGCCCUUGAAGAGAGCACUGGUUUAGAAGGCUCCGGUGACUCGGACGGUAUAAGUGGUGAGGACGAUAUUUUGCUUAGCCAUAUUUUUUCAUGUCAGAGUAAUGACGGUAGCUACAUUGUGAAAGUUAUAGUGGCAGGUAGGAAUGUCAAAAUGCAAGUUGACACAGGAGCAUCUGUGUCUAUCGUGCCAGAAAAGAUGUACCGGCAAUAUUGGUCUGACUUACCUCUAGAAAGUUGUAGUUUACGGCUAAAAACGUACGGAGGUGUCCCGCUGGCAAUUACAGGGACGCCGUAG